UGAUUCACGAAAGCGAGACGAAAAUGUCCGCCUCUGGACCCACAUCGUUGAUAUCGACGGCUGGUGAUGAAUCGUUUGAUUUCCUGUUUAAAAUCGUACUAAUCGGAGACUGCGGCACCGGCAAAACAUGCAUCGUGCAGCGAUUCAAAUCAGGCAACUUUAUCGAAAGCCACGGCAACACGAUCGGCGUCGACUUCUCGAUGAAAGCCGUUUCCGUCGAUGGGAAGAAGGUUAAGCUACAAAUAUGGGACACCGCGGGCCAGGAACGUUUUCGUACGAUUACGCAAAGCUAUUACCGAUCUGCUAACGGUGUUUUAAUUGUGUACGACAUCACCAAACGAUCAUCGUUUCUCAGUCUGCAACGAUGGAUCGACGAGGUGCGAAGGUACACGGCCUCCAAUGUGAUGAUCUUCGUGAUAGGCAACAAAUCGGACCUGGACUCGAUACGGGAGGUGGAGUUUUCCGAAGCCCAAAACCUGUGCCAGUACAUCCCCGAGGUGAUGUUCGUGAUGGAAACGUCGGCAAAGGACAAUCGCUGCAUCGAUGAUGCAUUUAUGACGCUGGCAACUGAACUAAAGAGGCGCCACGAUGGAAUCAAUGCAACGGAGGACGAAGAAGGCAUUACGCUAGGUCAGAGCAAAAGCUUAUCAACUAAUUCGUGCAACGCGCUGUGCAAUUUGGCGUGAACAGCGUAAAUUAUCGCCGAACAAACGCUA